AAUUAGUAUUCAGAGAAAUGUAAUCUUUCUUGACACAAAAGAUAAGAAACUGUUCUCAAAGACUGCUGGUCAGUCAACCACAGGUACCGUGAUUAACACAAAGGUAUUAGAAUGUAUGAUAUGUAGAAAAUGGAUAUUUGACCGAACUACUGAUAAUAACCGAGGUUAUAUUUUCCAUGUCAGCCGUGUGUGCGUUUUCAGCAGUGUAGAUGUAUCUUCCUCCUCAGCUCAGUAGUUUUUCAAAACCAGAUUCCCUAUUCUUCACACACGCUGUCUGCUUUGCUUCAUUUAUAUAUAUUUUUUUAUGAGGAUACAUUAAAUAUUAGAAACUGAAGAUGCAGCAAGGUAAAGAAUCAAGUGCACCUUUGAUGAGAGAAAGGGAAAAUGAAGAAGUGUUAUCACAACUCCCAUUAGUGCUGCCAUCAACUAAAAUUUCAGGAGUCAAUGCAUCGGAGGCCAUCCAUGUCCAGGAAAAUAAACGCAGAAAAAGGCGGAUAAUGAAAGUAGCUGUGUAUUUGAUGUUUGGAUUAAUUGUUGUUGGAGUAUUUUCUGUGUGGUUGUUUCAUAAAGACAGUAAUGAAUCUGUAAGUAUGGGUUCCAGGUUUAAGUUCACUGUAAAAGCAAGAACUUUAGAAAUUCAAAAUGCUGCAGGCGAUGGAGUUCUAUAUGCAGAUCUUGGAAUGCAUUUAAAGGCCACACCAUACGAACAGUGUUGGAAUGAUGAAAUUAAUGAAUACGAAAUUAACUGUAUAGACUGGCGUAAAAUGGCUGAGGUUCAUUUUCAUAAAAAUGAAGUUGUGACAAACUCGUGUUAUUCUAUUGAUUGGACAGCUUUGUCAGAAGAAUUUGAAGCAGAAGAUUGUUUUUACAUACAGACCUAUAACUGGUUUGGGUUUCUAUCAGAUGGUCAUAGUACAUGGCCAAUGAAAGAUAUCCAGUUGCGUAACAUGUCGUUCUAUCCUAAGUAUCCUAAUAAACUGGAUCGUAAUUUGGUACCUUAUUGGUUAUCAUCUGCUGGGGUCAGUAUUGUCAUUAAUAACAACACCCCAUUUUCUGUCAGUUGGAAUAUAUCAGCACAAAGACAACUUUGUGUUGCUGCUACCAAAAGUUACAAGGCCAUAAGUGCUAAACCUGUUCUCAGAUACACCAUUUGUCAAGGAGAAGAUAUGCAGCAGGCCUAUUAUAGAACGAAAGAGUUUUUGGAAGAGUUUCUUGCCAAAACCCCACUUAACACUAAGAUGAAUGACAUCAUACCACACCCCAUUUACUAUGUCACAGAUGAAUCUGGCUUGGAUACCAUUAAAGAAAAGAUUGCUUCAAACUCUAAGUGUUCAUAUUUAGAAUUAUUCAGUGAUUGGGAAAGUCAGUAUGGUGACCUUGUUUUCAAACCAGAAGUUUUUACCAAACUAAAAAAUCUACAAACAUCACUCAGUGUUGAUCAUUGCAAAUAUAUGGUACCCAUCAGUGCCUUUUUUGCAUUUAAGUCGAAGAACUUUGAAAUUGGUAUUGCUAAUAAGUAUUUUGUUCGUGAUGAAAUGAAUCUAGCGACAGAGUUAAUGAAUUGGGAUGGACAUGAGGGGGCUGUUCUGGAUAUUACUAAUCAAAACGCAACAUCCUGGUACAUCAAACAGUUAUCAAACCUUUUAAACCAACUGGAUAUAGGAGCAUUUAAGUUACUUCAUGUGGAUAUUCCCAGUCUAAUAUCCUUUCAAAACACUAAUGCAUCUGUUCUUGAUUAUCCAAAGUUUUUUGCCAAGAUGGUGGCCAAGCUGAAUGUUACCAUGGUUAUAGAGAAUGUGGCUGGCUUUAUGUUAAAUGAAGCUCAUGUUGUAGUUCAUACAAACAUGAAUUUUACUCAAGAAUCGCGAUGCUUUGAUAAAGUUGUUCCCGAAACACUCAUGCUGGGUUUAGAAAGUUAUUCCCUGAUCAUAGCAGACAUUGGUAAAUUAAUAGACUUUGAUAUCACAGAGGAACUGUUGACACGCUGGCUUCAAAUAGUUAUUUUUUAUCCAGGUUACCGACUUCCAUUUUUCCCUGUUAUGUCUGAUCAAGUUAUGAACAGACGUGUGGAGACCUUGAUGAGACUCAGAAAUCAAGUAGUGAUUCCCUAUUUACAGGAAUUACGUGAAAAUCAGGAAAGUGAUCCACUCAUCAGACCACUGUGGUGGCCAGAGCCUGAAGACGAUGUAGCUCAGGUUAUUAACGAUCAGUUUUUAGUGGGGGAUAAGAUUCUUGUAACACCAAUAUUGUGUGAGGGUGUGAAUUAUCGUAAUGUUUAUCUUCCACGUGGUAAUUGGCAAGCUGGUCAUUCUGGUAUAGUAAGUGAAGGUAAGUCAUGGAUACAAGUUCACUAUGAUAAUUUAGAUCAAGUUCCUUAUUUUACGCUUGUAGAAGAUUGAUUCAGUUUCGGUAAUUUGCCAAGCAUUAUGCAUGAGACAAUUUGAAAUACAAAUGCCUUUGUUCAAUUAACAAUGAAGUAGAAUAAUUUCUGAAAGAACUGUCAAUAAAUUGACUUCUAACUAUAUGUAUCUGUUACAUAUACAUGUACAUGUAGAUCUGAAUUGCAAACUGACAAAAGAAAACUUGGGUUAGGCUGAAAUUGAAAAUAACAGUAAAUUUAAGCAUGUUUGCCAAGUGUGUCAUGCUGUCAUUUAUAAAUACAUUUUUCACCACCGGUAAUUAAAUCAUACAUCAUGAAAAUUAUACCAAGGUGCAUGUUCUUCAAUCUCACUUUAACAUUUUGACUUUUUUCAAGUUUAACACCUGACGAAAAUUAUUAAAUGUAAUUAUCAGUAAUAUAAGGCAUUCAAAAUUUCAGGUCAAAUCUCAGUUUGAGCACGACAUUUCUUGUUAGUCCACAUUAAGGCAUAUUGUUUCCCCAAUAUAAUUCCUAUUUCAUCAACAGACUAAUCCAUUUUGCUUGCUACCUGAAUUCUAAUCCUGUCAUUGCAAAUGUUGAUGGAAGCAUAUUAUUUGGUAGGAUAAAAUCAUGUUAACACACCAAACAUAUAUUUUUAUUUCUUUCAUUCAAUACAUUUGUGAGGAGGUUGGGUGGCAAGGUCUGCCAUUGAGUCAAGUGGCCUUGUUACAAUUCCCUGUAUGUAUGUGACAUGGAGUAGGACCACAUGUCCAACCUCAUGGAUUUCUCCAGGUCCUUCGGUUUCCUCCCACAGGUAAACACCCCUAUGCACAAGCAAUUAUUGAAAUAGAAUUAAACCGUGUGUUAGUUCCGAAAUGACCUAGUUUGUGUGGAAUGGACUUAACUCUCUCUCUCUCUCUCUCUCUCUCUCUCAAUACAUUUGUAUAUUAAAAUGGAGGAAAUAUAUUGUUGAAUAUUUACUAUAGUGCUGUUGAUAGUGCUACAUGCAUAAUGAAGUUCUACAGGUGUGGCAGUGUAGAAAGAAAUUAUAUUGAAAUAGGGCAGCAGUCUAGUAUGCAUAAUUCAGUACAGGUUUCUUUAUGUUGCCAUCAGUUGCUUCAUACAACAAACAUUCAUGUACAUGUCUUACUUUUUAGUGCAUUAUCUAAAUGAUUAUUAUCCAGCUGCACUUUGUAAAUAGAUGCACCUUUCUUAUUAAUCUAUAUGAUUUCAUUAUAUGUAAGUAAACCGUCAGUGUGGAAAAUCUGUGUACAUUAAGAAAGAGAUAUUUGAAGCAUGAAACUAUGAAUGUAUGUUAAAGAGCAAUGUUUAAGGUGUGUUUUUAUUUAUUAACUGAGAUUAUGUUAAGCAUGUUCUAGAAUCUUAUACAAGGGUGUCUCUUGCUAGAAUUAUGUAUCAUGCAUUUAUUUACAUAUUUCUGUUUAAACAUCUUUAUUAUGAUAUGAAAUAUUUAGUAUGAUAUUGAUAAAUUAAAUUACAGUGCAGUCCAGUACAGUGGAUAUCAUAAUUUGUCCUUAAAUGGCAUUAUGUGUAUUUGUUUGAUAUAAAAAAGUGAUCAUAUUUAUAUUUUCUACUAAUAUUAAUUCUGUACUACAUAAUAUGGCAAUUUUUUUUUUAGUAUAUUUUUGUGAUUUAUUAAAAUGAAUGACAGACCUCUUUAAUUGGGUCAAAAAUAAAAAGUGUCCGUUUAGUCAAGUUUGAGAUGUUGAUUUACUUUGUAGAGUGGGUAUCUGUCUAUCAUGCAUUUAAAAAAUAUUAGGUUCUGCAAAAUAUUUCAGAACAAAAUACACUCCAGAUCAACCCAAUUCAACUCUUUAUUUUGACCUAAAUCAAAACCAUUUACAUGUAGCUCCUCUAAAUAAAGAGGCAUUAUUCAAGAGCUAAAGGUCCUUCAAUGUUAUAUAAAUUAUUAAUAAGACAUUUAUUAACAUGACAAGACCAUAACCAAAUCUUUAGGCCUUCAGAUGGCUCCGAUUUUAAGUAGAUUAGAACAGUUUGGCCAUUUAAUAAUUUAAUUUAAAAAUGGAGAAGCAAGGGUAAGUCUGGAACAACCAAUACGGUGGUUACGAUAAUAAACCAUCAAUGUCAAAACUACAAACAUUGAUAACUUUUCUCAGAAUAAAGUAAUUUGAAAGAUAUUUUCAAUAUACCCGUAUUCAUUUUGCAUGAUCAAUUUUUUAUACGCCCACAUUGAAAUGUGGUCGUAUAUUGUCGUCGCCCCCGUCCGUCCGUCCGGCGAUCCGUCGGCUAAAGUUAAUAACUGAUUGACAUUAAAUUUAUACACAGUGUUAAGGUCUUGAGACGAAGAAGCCUAUUGAUUUUCAGCGAUUUCCGAUAAUUACUGCCAGAGUUAUGGCCCUUGAUCACUUUGAAAAAUCUUGUGGACGCUCUAGAGGCCAAAGUUAAUAUCAAAUUGACCUUAAAUUUAUACACAGUGUUUGAGGUCAUGAGACGAAGAUUCCUAUUGAUUUUCAAUGUUUUCGAUAAUUACUGCCAAAGUUAUGGCCCUUGAUCACUUUGCAAAAUCUUGUGAUGCUCUAAAGGCUAAAGUUAUAAUCCGAUUGACUUCAGAUUGAUACACAGAGUUUAAGAUCUUGAGACGAACAAGUAUAUUGAUUUUCAAUGAAUUUUUAUGACUUAAACAGUUAAAUCCAUGAUAUUAAAAGCUUUGCAUACAAAACGUUAGCAUGGGGCCGAACUUUAUAAAAACCAAACAAAUUCUAAUAGUUUUCUGAUAAUUACUUCGUGAGUUGUUGCUCUUAAUCAGAUUUUAGUGUAUUAUAAAUGUUUCAUUACCGAAAAAAGUAAAAAUAUGCGACAACCCUUGUUGACUGCCCGGACGAUUUAGUUGCUGUGGGCGUAUGUUUCGUUGCCUGGCAACCUAUCUUUAACUAUUAUAGCAAGAAUGCCCAGCUCGUUAUCUCAAUCUUACGUAAUGUAUCUUUAAUGAGGAGAGGGGUUAUAUAAUGAAGCAUAAUGACAAAAUGUUAGCAUUUGAGGAAUUCUAAAUAAAUUGUUUAAUCUUACCAUUGCAUAACUGCAAGAAACUGCAAAUUGUAAUAAAGAGGGGGUGUUAAUAAUUUUUAUCAGUAUAGGCCUACUGGAUCUUUAUUAAUAACUGACAGUAAUAAGCGUAAUAUGUGUUCAUGAAAAUACAAGCAAAAAUAUAUAUUUAUUUACUUUAUAUUUGAUUUUUUAAAAAUUUGUUUGUCAUUGAUUGUUAUUUUUAUAUUUACAUUCUUACAUUUUAUUUGAACCUCAAUAUUUGUUUUUGUUUUAGAAUUAAUGGAUAUGUGUACAUAUUUACAUGUACAAUUUUCGUUAUGUUAUUGUCUUUUAAUUACCGUAUAUACCUGCAGUGUGUCGUAAGCAAUAUUACUUUUUAGGAGCCUUCAUCAUUCCAAUUUCUUGAAAGAUUAAUAUUUGAGCUAGACCGGUAUUUAUCAGAAUUUGUGGAGUAUUUUGUUUGUCCAUAUAAGCUUAAUAGAGGUUUGAGCUCGUAGUUUUUUCAUUCCUGGGCAAUAUCAUAAUUUGCUUUAAUAUUAGCUUUUAGUUUUAGGUGGCAAUAUUAAUUGGCUUGAAAGGAGCAUAUGACUUUUCUCCUGCACAUGAAAUGGGUUGAAAUGAUUAACUUAUCGAAUUAUUUUGUACUAUUUAUUUACUUUGGUAUGAUGACUUUAUCUUGAAAGCUAAUGGAUGUUUCUUAAAAAUUACAUAUAUACUGGUAGCUUCUUUUUAUUAGAUGGUUUAUUUGUGUCUCAUAUUGCCAACUCCAAGUAAAGAAAUUGGAGUAUUUUAUAUACAUGUAUUAUGUUUUGCUUCAAAUCUACAAGUAAAGAAAUUGGGGUAUUUUAUAAUUAUAUUAUGUUUUGCUUCAAAUCUACAUAUUAUUUAUAAUGUGUUACAACAAUAUGUUAUCCAUGUAUAACUACCUACAUCUAAGUUUUGAACAUCAUUCAGAAGAAGUUCAUACCAUAAAACACAUUUUAUACUAGUUAAAAUACUUUGUGUCUAUAUACAUAUAGCCAACCCUGUUAAAGAAUUUGUUGCAUUCAUUUUAUUUGUAUUUGUGCACCAGAUUUCAAUGAUAAAUUCAAUAUUAAUUGUGAUAUGGAUGUUUUUAUUAAUAAUUUGUGUGUGUAUAUAUAUAUAUAUAGGAGAUAAAUGUAGUUGUACAUAAUACAAUGUAGUUAAUGUCUAGGUUAAAUUAGAUCUUCAUUGAUUCUGUACACUAGGUAAUUGCUAUAUAAAUAUCUUUAACUUUUAAUAUAAUAAUAGGAUAUGUCAUCAUUACAAUAUAAUAUUUUCAUCUAUUUACCAAAGCAGUUCCACCUUAAUGUGAUAUAUUUAUAGUGUUUAUAGUGUUUAUCUUGAAAAACUUUGGUUCAAAUUUAUUCAAGUCAUUCUCUUAGAAUUAGAAAUGCAGUACUAGUACCUGAAAAAAGAUUUGAAGUUUUCAAACUCUUAAUAUAUAAAACUAAUAUGGGCUAAUAUUCAAGCUGCAUGAAAUAGGUGUCAAUUUGAAUAUUAUAUUAUUAUUAUGUAAUGAAAUACAAAUUAUUUCAUUCCCAAUGCAAUAGAUGUAAUUUUAAUUGCCCCCAAAAUAAUUCAUAUUAUUGAGGAUAUGAGACACUUUUUGUUCAUUUUUUAAUUAUUCCAUGUUGUUUUGUUGGGUUUUUUAAAACUUUGCUACCACUACCAGCUUAAUACCAUAAUAACCAUUGUUACACCUAUCUAUGUUAGAUUAUUAUAGAUUUGUCAUUGAUUUUUAUUAUUCAGUGUAUGUACAAUUUUUAUAAACGUGUUGAAAUCUGGUCGUAUAUUGCCAUCAUUCAUGUCCGUAAUCCAAAAUUCUAGUUUAACACUCUAAAAUUCUCAAAUAAUUUAUAUGCUGUCUGAGAGUAAAGCAACAGUAAAGAUCUGAUCUACGGAAACUUCCGAUCCACCCCUACAUGUAUGCCGCUUGUUAUGGUAAUAUUUAUUUGUGUAGUUUUGCACACCCACACACACACCAUAAAUAUUUGAAUAAACUGUUGUGGCCAUCUUUCACUAUCGAAGCUGCUGGUGUGCAUAUGUUUCGUUGCCUGGCAACCAAUCUUUAUAUAAUUGUAAAAAUUUAUAAUUAUAAUAAACUGAGAGAAAAA